AUGGCUUCACCUUCAUCUAUUUCUUCUUAUUCCUUUACCACUUGUUUGUUGAUCCUUCUGUUUUUGCAUUUGUCAUGUUUCAUCAACAACCUCAAUGCAAAGCACAGUCACAAUCGCCAGCACAAGCACCCCAACAGGCACCAACACACUCAGAACCCUGCCUUAAACACAAGACUUCACACAGCUUUUCUUGGGCUCCAAGCAUGGAAGAAUGUGAUCUACUCUGACCCAUUUAACUUCACUGCCAAUUGGGUAGGUCCUUCAGUUUGCAACUACACCGGUGUGUAUUGUGCUCCAUCAGUUGAUGACCCUAAAGUCACUGUUGUGGCUGGCAUUGACCUUAACUUUGGAGACAUAGCAGGGUUCCUACCCAACGAAAUAGCCCUACUUUCUGACCUUUCACUCCUUCAUCUCAGUAACAACCGCUUCUGUGGCAUCCUUCCAAUGUCCUUAACCAACCUUACUCUUCUCUAUGAACUUGAUCUUAGCAACAAUAGGUUUGUUGGAGCUUUUCCUUUGGUUGUGCUUUCCCUUCCUAUGCUCAAAUACCUUGACAUUCGUUACAAUGAAUUUGAAGGGCCAUUGCCUCCUCAACUCUUCAACAAAACAUUUGAUGCCAUUUUUAUUAACAACAACCGCUUCACAAGUUCUAUUCCACCAAAUUUAGGCCAAAGCUCAGCUUCUGUCAUUGUCUUUGCCAACAACAAAUUUGGAGGGUGUCUUCCAGAAAGCAUAGUAAACUUUGCUGACACUUUGGAAGAACUUGUGUUGAUCAACACAAGCUUAUCAGGUUGUUUGCCACAGCAAGUUGGGUUUCUCUACAAACUCAAAGUGUUGGAUGUGAGUUUCAACAACAUUGUUGGCCCAAUACCUUAUAGCCUUGCGGGGUUGUCUCAUUUGGAACAGCUAAAUUUGGGGCAUAACAUGAUGAGUGGCAUAGUCCCUAUGGGUGUUUGCGAGUUACCAAACUUAGCAAACUUCACCUUUUCUUACAACUUCUUCUGUGAGGAAGAGGGUAUUUGUCAGAACUUGACAUCAAAGAAAAUAGUCUUUGAUGACCGCAGAAACUGUUUGCCAGAGAAGCCACUUCAGAGGAGCCAAAAGGAAUGCAGUGCCAAACUUGAACACCCAGUUGAUUGCUUUGAGCUUUGCUGUGUUGAAGGUGGUUUUGGAAGCAAUGUUUCUUCUGGUUCAGUGGCUGUUCCACCUUCUUCUAUUCAUGCAUCAAUGCCUGUUUCUGCACCACUUCUUGCACCAAGUUACCCAUAA